CGUACCGAGUUUAAUAUCACAAAAUGACAGCCAAGCUUGUAGUAUUCCUGUGCGCGGUUGCGACCGCCCGCGCUGGAGGCUUAUACGGAGCCACUUACGGGGCUUCGUACGCCGCUCCCGUUGCCACAUACGCCGCGGCCCCCGUAGCGUCAUACGCCGCUGCCCCUGUCGCCUCAUACGCUACAUACGCAGCAGCCCCCGUCAUCAAGAGCUAUGCCGCUCCUGCCAUUUCAACAUACGCCGCUCCCGCUGUGGCAUACUCCGCUCCCGUCGUGAAGGCUGUUGCACCCGCUGUGUCGACAGUUUCGUCAUACUCUACCCACACCGCCCACGCUACUCCCGUGGUUGCUAAGACCUACGCGGCAUACGCUGCUCCCAGCUACGCUACUUACGCGGCAGCUCCAGUCUACAAGAGCUAUGCGGCUCCCGCUAUUUCAUACGCCGCCCCGUCCUACUCCACCUAUGCGUCCGCCCCGAUCGUAAAGAGCUAUGCUGCCCCAGCGGUUUCAUACUCUGCUCCUCUUAGUUACGCCGCCCACGCUGCUCCCGUUGCGACUUACGCUUCGGCCCCUGUGUACAAAUCAGCAGUCACAUACUCAGCUGCGCCUGCGUACGCUUACGGCGGUCUUGCCGGUCACGGCUGGUGAUCACUUAACCAUUGUGUACAAAUUUAGUCUUAUGUCAUUUGUAUAUUUAUUUUUAUACAACGCGAAUAAAAUUUAAAAAAUCAA